AUGGGAAAUGUAAACAGUACUAUUUUAUGCGAAGAAGAACUAGAAGAAUUAAAGAACACUAGCGUAUUUAAUUUUGUGGAAAUAGAACAUUUGUAUGAAAGAUUCUGCUAUUUAGAUAGAUUGAAUGUAGGAUACUUAACAUACAAGGAAUUAAAUAGUAUACCAGAAUUUGAAAUGAAUCCAUUUAAUAAAUUAAUAUGUAGUGUAAUUGAGAGACGAUUUGAUUACCAAAACAUUACUUUUGCACACUUUUUAGAUCUUAUAGGAUUAUUUAAUAUAAGAACAGAUCUGAAUAAAAGAAUUAAAUUUCUAUUUGAUAUAUUUGAUUUAAAUCAAGAUGGUAAACUUUGUAAAUCUGUGCUCAAAAGAAUAUUUAAAUUAAUGGGAUGUAAUGAUGAUAAAGAAGUAGAUAUUGUUCUUAAAAUGUAUGAUAUACAUAAGAAAGGAUAUAUUGAUUUUAAUGACUUUACGGCUUUUUACAUGAGUGAUCCUAUUAUUGAACAGAAUAUGCUUAUUGAUUUUACAAAAAAUAUUAAACAACCCAGCAAGGUAGGGUUUAAAGAUAUUAUUAUUCCUUAUUUUUUUAAUAAGAAGAAUCGAUAG